CGUAGAUUAGCACGUGAGCACGUGUUUAUGUAGCCGGAUGGACGAUAGUUUGUUGUUUGUUUUGAAAUGAAUUUGAUAUUUAAAGUUUAACAAUUUAUAUUUAAUUUGAUUUAUCAUGGCAUCAUCAGAAUCGAAAUCCCCGAAGCGGAGUAAGUCUCUUGGAGAUCUUCAAAAAGAGGGAGAUUUCUCUGUGAAACCUUCAACUAAAGUUCCUAAACUUGACACGGAAAAGUGGCCACUUCUCCUUAAGAACUUUGACAAACUCAAUGUGCGCACCUACCACUACACGCCAUUGCCCUUCGGCUCGUCUCCGCUACACAGAGAUAUCACUCAACAUGUCAGAUACGGCUGUAUCAACCUGGACAAGCCAUGCAACCCCAGCUCCCACGAGGUGGUGGCAUGGAUCAAACGCAUCUUGAAAGUUGAGAAAACUGGCCACUCUGGAACUCUAGACCCCAAAGUGUCUGGGUGUCUGAUCGUGUGUAUUGAUCGGACAACUCGACUGGCCAAAUCACAGCAGUCAGCUGGUAAAGAGUACGUUGGUAUUUUCAAACUGCAUUCAGCUGUCGACAGUAUUAGCAAGAUACAUCAAGGUCUGGAGAAACUGAGAGGUGCGUUGUUCCAAAGACCUCCGUUGAUAUCAGCAGUCAAACGUCAACUGAGAGUUCGUACUUGCUACGAAAACAAACUUCUUGAAUACGAUGAAGACAACAACACUGGUAUCAUAUGGGUAAAAGUAGAGGCUGGGUCUUAUGUGAGGACCAUUUGUGUGCAUCUCGGUCUGAUCGUGGGUACAGGCGGCCAGAUGUUGGAACUACGUAGGAAUCGUUCUGGUACUAUGUCAGAGGAAGAUGGGCUGGCUACCAUGCACGAUGUGUUGGACGCCCAGUGGCUUUAUGACAAUCACAGGGACGAGUCAUACCUGCGAAGGGUGGUGAGACCACUGGAGACACUGCUGGUCAGACACAAGAGACUUAUCAUGAAGGACAGUGCAGUUAAUGCUAUUUGUUACGGUGCUAAAAUUAUGAUUCCUGGUAUCUUGCGUUAUGAGGACGGCAUUGAACUGAACGAGGAGAUUGUUAUAGUCACAACCAAAGGGGAAGCCAUUGCUUUAGGUAUUGCAUUGAUGACUACCGCCACAAUAGCCAGCUGUGAUCACGGCGUUGCUGCAAAGCUCAAGCGAGUCAUCAUGGAUCGUGAUAUUUAUCCCAGGAAAUGGGGCCUGGGCGCAAAGGCUUUCAAAAAGAAACAGUUAAUAGCUGAAGGUAAACUGGACAAGUACGGCAAACCCAAUGAGAACACACCCUCAGACUGGCUGGAGCAAUCAACUACAGCUCAGAAAAGUGACAAUGGUGCAGUCCGGGUAAAACAAGAAAUUCCUGAUGACGACCCUUCAACUCCCGCCGGUGAUCAAAGAAAGAGAAAACUAAGUACGACACCAGGGAUGAGCGAGGACCAAGAUGCCUCACCCACCCAAGUGGCGACUGAAAAGAAAAAGAAGAAGAAGAAGAAAAAGAAACAUGAUGAGGAAGCACCUGAAGACACGUCCGCUGUCAGUAUAAAGGAAGAGCCUGCAGAGUACAAUGAAGAAAGCUUCGUGGAAGGGAAUGGGGAGCCGGUAAAAGAAAAGAAGAAGAAGAAGAAGAAAGACAAACAUAAGGAAAAAGAACAGGACGAGAGCUAGAUAUUUUGCUACUUUUGUUAAGCAUAUACUAUUUCCAUUUUGUUAAGAUAACUAAAACGGUUACUUCUUAUUUUGAUCUAUAAUUUUUAGCUAGGUGAAUAAACGAGUAUAAUUUUAUGUUACAUAAUUGAUUUUCGGACAUUGUGUUGCAAUUUGGUGGACAUUUUUUAUCAGUAAGUUUAUGUGACAUCACUGAGAUCCCUUAUAUUCAUAAGCUAAAAUAAUCUUUAAAUCAUUACGUUACAAAAUAUCAUUGUAUAUUAAAUUGUUAUAGUUAAUACAAAAAUCUACCUUUACAAAGUUUUAAACACAGUGCUAGAUUAAAAAUAAAGUUUACCAAAUAUUGUUUAGUUUUAUCAACAAUUUUAAAAAUGUACAUCAAAUAAUGAGUUAUGGUACUAAAAAUUAAAUAGAUUAAUAUUUUGUAAUAAAUGGUCGUUCCGUCUGAAACUCAACGCAAAAUGUUUCUAUGUUUUGAAAUCA